AUGGCGGCUCAGAAUAAUGGUGAAUCAUCAAUAGCUUACCUCGUCGAACCAAUAAGCCGGGCAGCCAAUGAACAAGUCUUUGCCGAAAUUGCUGAAAUGUGCAUUGACGUCUUCUUCAAGGAAAGCCUGGGUGCCAAGCCAAAAGAUAAAAUUGCUCCGUGGAAGGAAAUACAAAUCAGCUCACUCAAGACUUUGCAAACAGCAGAUUUGCAACGACGACGAAAAAUUUAUCCCAAAGCUAACGAAAUGUUCUUGGCCUACAAGGUCGAGCCUGUACCAUCUAGCAGUACCGCCGCCGAGGACAAACCAUUGAUUUUGGAUUUGGAAUCUGUUCAAAACCUAUCACCAGUAGAGGGAAUGGAAUAUGUGCGGGGGGAGAUUAUUGGCUUUGUCGAGAUUACGCAAAAACCAUAUGGUUUGGGUAAAGGAAAAGGAAGGAUAGUCUAUGAUGAUGAACCUCUUCCUCCCUUACGGCCUAUUUUGACCAACUUGGCUGUGAAAAAGGCUGUUCGAAAAUAUGGAGUGGGAUCCAAGUUGCUAGAUGCUUGCGAGGAGUAUGUUCAGAAGACAUGGGAAAUGGGUGAAAUCGUGCUGGAAGUAGAAGACUACAAUACUGGUGCAUUAGACUUUUAUGGCAACCGUGAAUUCGAUACCUUGUACGACGAUCCAGCAAGUCGAAGGUACGACGUUGGGGGACUUGUCUUGAGAAAAGUAAGAUGCACCAGAAAAGUCAUGCGAAAAGUUUUUGAAGGAUUUGAAGACUCUGAAAGUGAGUCUACCUCGGAGGAAGGUGACGAUGAGAUUGUCACCAUUGACGCUGACUUUUUUAACCGUAAAAAGUCAAGUGCUGUUGGUGGAUAG